UUUGUGGCCCUUCCACAAACGCACCCAUCAAUGAAGUAAACAUUCAACAUGGAUGGUUUCCGACUAUUCUCAUCCGUAUUUUAGGUCAAAUAAUUGUUUAGGAUGUGUAAGUGAAGUUUAGAGAAGUUAUUGUUAUUUAGUGAAAAUGUCUUCAGAAAGGGUGGAAUGGGUGGAGAUUAUCGAGCCGAAGACAAAGGAGCAUAUGUAUGCUAACCUAACAACUGGCGAAUGCGUCUGGGAUCCACCUGAGGGUGUAAAAGUCAAACGUACAGACUCAUCACAAUGGUGGGAACUUUUUGAUAUCAACACACAUAGGUUUUACUAUUACAAUGCCUCGACACAGACAACUGUAUGGCAUAGGCCCACUGACUGUGAUAUUAUACCGCUGGCUAAAUUGCAAACGUUGAAACAGAAUACGGACCCUCAGAAACGGAGGGAGACCUCCACGCAGACUAAUCAACCUGCACCUCAGGCACCUCCAGUCCUAGACCCAGUUAGCAGCAAUGGCAACAGCACAGUCGCGAGCGUCAGCAAGCUGUCGCCUGGCAACGCAAAAACUGUCACUCUCACGCAAACCAGUCCCGUGCGAACAAGGAGGUCCCAUUACCAUCACAGGAACAGUGGGGACAGCAGACGCGGGCGGCUGAGCGAAGAUGGCUCCACCCAGCUGUGUAGACAUACAGACUCCGGCAGGUCUUCCGAUAGCAGCAUCAGCAGCGCACAGCAGAGGAGGAAACAGGAACUUAGUGCAGCUAUAUGUAAUCCCCCUGUAUGUACUCCGCAACUUAGGAAACGAAGCAGUGCGGCAACUGCACAUGAAGCUGAGAAAUGGUCUCCCCAUACAGGACUGAAUCGCAGUGGAAGUUUCAUAUCACCUAGGAAAGAUGCAUCUGACGAUUCGAUGCACGAAAAAUAUUUCAAAUCCGUUGAGAGUACUCCCCUGACCAGAAGAAAGUUAAAACAGCAAUCGGCGGGUGGAUCGUCUUGUGACUCGGCGUCGCCGCAAAGUCCUAGCAGUCCGUUGCAAAAACCACAGCCCACUCCGUUCUUGCAGACGACAGCAGCCCGACCAUCAUUGGUGUCGUCUAUAUCUCUAGCGACGGACGCGGCGGCGGGCGUCGGCUCGCGCGUCAUGCAUAGCUUGGAGAGACCACAUCAGCUUUCCAGGCAUGCUAGGGAACGGUUCUCUGAUAGGCAUUUAGACAAAGACAGGUUAGCUGAACUGGAGCGCAUGGACAGGUACCCGGAGAAGCAAGCCGUAUACAGCGUCGACAAGCCUUUCAGACAAACCAGCCUGGAUCUACGUCACAACGCCGCUUCUGCUAACUGGCACCCAGCGAGGGACUUUACUAGACGUCAACAAGCAGAACCGGAACGCUAUACUUCAAGCAAGACUUCAGUGUCGUCCGGCAGCAGCAAGCACCGGACGCCGCCGCAUGAACCGCAUCACAACUUUAUGAGACUUUCCUCCGCGAACGAACAGGAUAAUAUUGCUGCUGUGAACUACAAGUUGAAGUGCGUGAACUUGGUGGAGCCGCCGCUGACGGAGCCCAAUGUACAGAAACACAACCAAAGACUCGAGAGGUCCACUGCUCCUAGAGAUCGUACCAAAUCGAGACGUCACAAAAGACCAGUAGAGAUGGAAGACGGCCCAGUAGACGGCGAAGAAGAAGAGGACGAAGGAGGUAGCUCCCCACUGUAUUGCAACUGGGAUCUACGCGGCAUGCAACAUCUGUUGCCGCUGCAGGACUAUAUCAUACAACAAGCGAAAUUAUCCAGUCGCAGCCGCUACGGCGCCGGAUCAGGUUCGGACGGCGAAUCCGGCUCUUCCAGAUCCCACUCCCGUUCCGGUUCCGAAUCCCGUUCGCUAUCCGGCCACGAACCGGACAACGAGUCGUCGGACGGCGGCGCCCGGACACCGGACGAUGACGACGGAUCCGGCGUUUACUUGCCGCAUUCGUACGCUCAUAGACCAGUUGAUGUGGAAUAUAUGAACCAUGGAGUGUCGUAUUAUAAUACUUUUGUUGGAUUCGAUCGGGAUAGAGAUCGGCAGCCGUCGCCUGGGAUUCAUAGAACGUCGUCUCUCGGCGGCGGCGGCGCGGGUGCAGAUGCCGGGGACGGUGCGGGAGCCCUGUACAGCCCUGUACGGCAGCACGCGCCGCGCCCGCCCGUCGAGCAGGACAUCGAGAUCUUCGCGAAAGACAAUCUUAACUUCAACAAGGGAAUCUUUAGGAGAAAGGCGUCAGUCCGCGACCUGCUAUCUUGGACAUCAUCGUCGAUCAGUGCCCCCAUGGUGGGCGCGGACUGGGACAAGGCACACAAGAAGGCCGCCAUCGACCUGUUCCGCCUCGUGCAGAUAUACAUGGGCGACCGCAAGGCCAGGCCCGGCAUGACGCUCAACUCUGUGGCACAGGAUAUAUUGCAUGCCACCUUCGCUAAUGAGAAACUCCGCGACGAGCUAUACGUACAACUAUGCAGACAAACCACAGAGAACCCGCUACGCGACUCCUUGCUCCGCGGCUGGGAACUGCUGGCUGUAUGCCUGGCUUUCGUGCCUCCGUCGUCUGCCUUCCAGCCUGCGCUUACUAACUAUGUGAAUAGGCAUAGAGACCCGGCGUUCGCUGAUGCUUUUCCUGAGGUGGGCAAAUGGCCUAUUCACGUGCAAGUAUCGCACUACGCGGGCGUCGCGUGCAAGCGACUAGAGAGGAUCGGCUUCGGAGGCAAACGACAGCCUAGGAAACCUACCACUGACGAUAUUGAUCAGGCUAGGAUACAAAUCUUCCGCCAAUCAAUGUUCGGUAACACCCUCUCCGAAGUAAUGACGUUACAAAAGGAACGCUUUCCUAACCGUCAACUGCCCUGGGUACAAGUGGCGUUAUCUCAACAAGUACUAGCGCUCAAUGGCAGGGAGACUGAAGGCAUAUUCCGUGUGUCAGCUGACGUGGAUGAGGUCAAUGCCCUGAAGGCGAAGAUCGAUAAUUGGGAGCUGCCUGAUGCUUCCACUUUAACGGACGCGCAUGCGCCGGCCAGUCUACUGAAGCUGUGGUAUCGCGAGCUGUACGAGCCGCUGAUCCCCGACGCGCUGUACGCGGCCUGCGUGGCGGCCGGCACUGACUUCGCUGCUUGCACCCGCGCGUUACAUCGUCUGCCGCCUAUUAAUAGAUUGGUACUGACCUAUCUAAUAAGUUUCCUCCAACAAUUCACGGCGCCCGAAGUGGUAAGUCAGACCAAGAUGGACUCUGCGAACCUCGCGAUGGUGUUCGCGCCGAACUGCCUGCGCUGCACGUCGCAGGACCCGCGCGUCAUACUGGAGAACGCGCGCAAGGAGAUGACCUUCCUCAAGACCCUCAUCACCAACCUCGACACAUCUCACGUGCAGGAUCUUCUGUGACCUAUGAAUCUCAGCUACUGCAACAACAAUGUCGCUUCCGAACGGCUCACUGACUUUUAGGGAACGUUCACGAACAUUUCCAGGCAGCUGUGACGUGCCCUACUAUAAGAACUCGUGUACCAUAUCCCUGUACUACGUGUCACGUGUGUCUAGUCUGUGCUCAUCGACGUAUCGGUGCAUAAACUUUGUAUGGUAUACACCAAAGCCCCGCGACUUCCCUUAAUUAUUACAUAUAUUUGACAUUCUUGUAUAUUUUUUGUAUUUUUGUACGCUAUAAAUGAAUAAUUUUAUUUGGUUGUACCCAAAGAUAUUUAAUGAGAUGUGAUUUUAAUUAUAUUAGACUUGAGCUUUACGAAAAUGUAUUUGCAAUGUAUUUUGAAAGAAUUAGUUUUUGGUGCGGCUGCGUGAUUGUUUUUAUUAGUAACGAAUUAUAUUGUUUAGUGUGGGAGAGUGGAACGUUUCGUUGAGUGAGCGAUUACUUUUGUAUCAUGCAUGUUGAUGAAACUAAUUUGAAUUGUAACUAAACAUUGUGGUGCUCUACAAACUAGGAGACGCGCCUCUAUCGUGAACCGUUAGUUCACUACCCAUAAAUAUUAUUCUUACACUGCCUACUGACUGGACAGUGCCGGUUUUAAACUUGUGCUUUAUUCAGUAUAUGCAAAUUAAAUGCAAAUUAUAAUCCAAAGUGAUAUUUACUCGAAUAUUUUAUACAAAGAUAAAUCAACUUAAUAUAUCAGCUAAAUCUUUAGAAUAAAUUAUAGAUGAAUAUUUAUAAAUCUGGGUAGUGAACGAUUGGUUCUUUAAAAGUAUGUAACACAUCUCAGCUGAUUAGAAAUAGUUAAGGAAACCUGAUUCAGAGAGCACUUCGCAUGAGAGCUUCGACACGCGUUAUUUAUUGAACAUUACAUCACUUUCCUAGUGUACCAGUAUCAUGAUAUCAUCGGUUUUAAUACUUUAUUAUAUGAAGAAAUACUUUAGUGGUAUUAUUAGGCGAAUAGUACGUAUCAUCACACUCAGGGACUGGUCUUUAUUUUUUUUAUAAGUAAAAUAGUCCACAGUAUAAAUCAUUUAAUUAAAAACAGUUCGUAAGUCGUCAUAAUGUUAAAAUUUUACGUAUGACAUACGACAAUAUUUUUGACGCCGAUAGGGAAAGAGUUAAUAUGCUUUACGUCAUUAUAAUUUAUUUAAAGUCGGCUAGGUUUAUUUGUCCACCACUACCAGUCCCUAAUCACAAUCAUAUACUACGUUUUAAGUUAAUGAACAUCGUCGAAUUAUGUAUUUACAUUACCAAAUUACGACCACGAUACGCAUUUAUUUUUUACUGUGUAAGUUAAAUGUAGUAUAAGUUGGUUCAGAGUCUCAAAAUAUUACUUAAAGCAACUUCCGAUAUAUCUGUGAAUGAAUAAAACAUGUUCUGAAACAACUGUUUACUGUAGACCAUUUGUGAAGGCAGUUGCUAUCCUACUCGAAUGAAAGAAUACGUCAAAAGAGUUACUAUUAUAGAAUAGGUGAAUUUAAAGGGCAGCUUUAAAUUAGACAAGCUUAAAGGAAAUAUUAUGAAAAUGAUUCCUAAUGGCACGGUUUGUGAUUAUCUCUAUAAUUUUAUUGAAACUGAUUCAAGCAUUAUGGAACGCCCCACGUUACAACGUGUCGGUCAUUUUAAUUUUGAAUCUAGAAAUACUGUAAUUAUUGUAAUGCUAUUUUAGUUCGAUUUAUAAAAUCGAAUAAAUGGACAGCCUUCUAUAAGUACGAAUAAUCCCGUUUUAAGAGUUUUAGGUCACCGCGAUUUUAUUAUUAGAUACCAAUACAUUAUUUUAAUUUGAGACUAAUGUUUAUAAUGCAUAGAUUCUUCGAAUAGAUUUUCCGUAGUUUUAAAGUGAUUAAAUAAAAAAGAUUAUAAAGCCUACCUAAAGUUUCAUAUUCGGCUACGCAAGAAUAUAGUUAGUCCAAUCCCAGUUCGUAGAAAGUUAAUUCUUGUAGCUUUAUGCAGUACUUUUGUCUAAGGGGAAUUUUUAUUAAGAGUUUUAAAGAAAAUAUUAUUCUAUGAUAAACCUACUAUAAUUAUGGAAUUAUUUGACCACCGCCUUUUAUUCAAGUUCAUACGAAUAGUUAACGCGAGCAUUUAUGCAGUACAAUUGUAAGCAGUUCGUAAAAGCAAGCUGACGCGUUCCUAUUAUCUACUAUGGUCUGUUAGACUUCUGAUUUGUAGUUAGUAUGGUGUGGGAAAUGACAGUCGAACCACUGCAUGGAGUAGGUACAAAGUUGCAAUAAAAAAAUAUUUACUAUUUAACUAAAUAAUAACUGGCGUUGAUUCUGUAGGAUAUUAUUUUUGUAAUUUGAUUAUGAAUGGUGGCAGCAUCAAUGCCAAUGUGUAGCAAUGUGCAGAGGCCUUGUCCAGAUUAACUGAAAAAAUGCGACUCCAUUAAAUGUGUAAAUGUGUUUUAUAAGAAUUAUAUUUCUUUAGAUGUUGAAUGUGCAUGAUCAGGUCUGGUCAAGGUUCAAUAGAGAGAGUAUUUUGGACUACCUUGAGUCCCAUGUAUAAUAAUGAAUUAUAAGUAUUGAAUCACAAUUGAUUUAAGUUGAAAGUGGCAGCUUUAUUUUUUGUUACGAUGUUUUUACAUUAAUUUCACUAUUUUUGUAAAGUAUACAAACUGGCCGCGAUUAGUACCUUUUCACUAACAAUUACUAACCUUCAUAUCUUGAUCUCAAAAUCAAAGUUUGUAUUUUAUUGGUAUUCUUUCAAAAGUAUUGAGUUUUAAAACAGUAAUCUCCUUUAAUAAGAUCUAUGUGUAUUAUGGAAUAUUGGCAUAAUCAUAUCUAUAAAUAAGAAAAAAUGUUAGAUCUGCUUAUAUUCGGCGGUACAGGAGGGUGGAAUUUAAUAGCUUAAAGUACUUCAGACAUGUGUUAAGCUGGACUAUAUGAUUAAAUAUUAUAUGAAUAUAUAUCUGGGCUCCUACGAGUGCAUGUACCGCAAAACAAACUAUUUUAAUGUACCAGAAAAUAAGCUUUCAAUUAUAAUACGGGACGCAAAUUAUAUGAAUAUAUUUGUACAUCAUUGUUACCGUAAAGAAACCUAUAUAAUUAUGUGCCAUAAUAAUAUCAUAAAUGCCUAACAAUAACUUGUUACUGAUGCAGUGAACCUGUAACCUGUAUCUAUAUUUUAACAAUCUUUAUGAUAGUUUAGUUGCUAGGUCGAAGAUUUGUUUUAGAAUGCUUCUGAAGAAUAGAUGGCUAUCGAACAUCAACGGUGAAUUAUAGGAUAGGAACGGAGGUUAAUUAAGCUCUCAAUAUUCUUUAUAUUAUAGAAUAUUUGUUGUAAAGAUUACGACAGAGCACAAUUUAUUUUUUGUGUACAUUAUUAGUUAGCUAUUUAUCGAAAUAUAGCGAUUACAUAGUUCUAUUAUCGCGGACGCAGCGAAGCUACUAUAAUAUAAUAGUAGUAUACCAAUGUGCUUGUAAUUUCUCAUUAUGUAAAAUUGUAUAGUGCUUAUAAAUAGUUCCAAAAAUAAUUUUUGUCAACCUUAAUAUCCCUUUGUACAUAACAUGCCUAUAUUCCUUUAUUGUUUAUGACAAUAUAAUGCCUACGAUGUUCAUAAUGUAGAUUAUCACUGUAAAUGUGAACGUUCAGGAGAAAUAAAUUACUAAAUAUCCGUUGGAUAUACUGCGAAUACCAAAA